AUGGAUUCCGCUCAAACAGACAUCCAGUCUCCAACCUUCGAGGCCACAGACUCGAAUACUUCCAAACACUCUUCUGCUCUUCGCAAACAGCAUUUGGAUUUGUUACAUGAUGCCAAAGAGGAAUACCAGAAGAGUCAUCCGAACUCUCUCAGAUUGCACCAGGAUGCCCUCGAAGUCUUGCCAGGCGGUAAUACUCGCUCGGUGCUUCAUACCGAUCCAUUUCCCAUUUACAUGGACCGAGGCGAAGGGAAUAGAUUGGUAGAUGUUGAUGGGCACGAAUACCUUGAUCUUAUUGGCGAGAUGACUGCCGGUCUCUGUGGCCACUCCAACCCGUUGAUUCAAGAGACUAUAUUGUCCACCAUUCACAAAACGGGCUUGAACCUGGGUGCGACAACUGCCAUCGAGUCUCAGUUUGCACAGGAAAUUUGCCGCCGAUUCCCAUCAAUAGAGCGAGUGCGUUUUUGCAAUUCGGGGACGGAGGCCAAUCUCUACGCCCUCAGCGUUGCUCGGCAAGCAACGGGCUUGUCCAAGGUCAUUGUUUUCUCCGGUGGCUACCAUGGGGGUGUCCUGAUGUUUGUUCAUGGAGUUGCUUCCAAUACCGUCGACCAGGAUGACUGGAUUGUGGGAAAUUACAAUGAUGUCGAAGGCGUCCGAAAGCUGAUCUCUGAGAACAAGGGCAAAGCUGCCGCCGUCCUCGUGGAAGGUAUGCAGGGAGCGGGGGGCUGUAUACCAGGCAAUCCCGCUUUUUUGCAUGCAAUCCAGACCACUGCCAACGAAGCCGGGAUCCUGUUCAUCUUGGACGAGGUCAUGACUUCCCGGCUUGGCCCAGGAGGUCUUCAAUCGAGAAUCCUCGACCCCAUUCAUCAGACAGCUCUGAGACCCGACAUGACAACACUGGGCAAGUACAUUGCCGGAGGGAUGACGAUUGGCGCUUUUGGAGGGCGAAAGGACUUGCUUUCGGUGUAUGACCCUCGACUCGGUUUGGAGUCACGCAAUGGUGAGGAAUCUUUGCAACCUAUGAGUCACUCUGGCACAUUUAACAACAACACCUUGGCGAUGAGUGUCGGUUGCGCCACCUUAUCAACGGUCUACACCGCUCAAGUCUGUAUUGAUCUCAACGCGAUGGGCGAAAGGUUUCGACAAAACUUGCUUGAGAUAUGCCGAGGUACUAGAAUGACAGUCACUGGCGUCGGGGCUGUGUGCAAUAUCCACUUCCUGUCGCAGAUCCCACGGUCAGAUAUUGAGUGUGUGGAGGAGCUGGAAAGGGAGCAGACAGAAGAUACAAAGGUCUUGGGAGACAUAUUUUGGUUCCAUGCAAUUCGGCAGGGAUUCUGGAUGGCCCGACGAGGCAUGUUGGCUUUGAUCAUGGGAACCACUGAGCCAGAACUUGGGAGAUUUCUUGCAUUUGUGAAACGCUUUGUGUGGGAAUUUCUUCACCUAAUAGUAUAG